CUCCGUGGCACGAUCACUGCCUCGGGUGAUAUCGUCCCUUUGUCCUAUAUUGCUGGUUUGCUCACUGGCAGACCUAAUUCCAAGGCUGUUAGACCCAAUGGUGAGAAACUUAAUGCUGAGGAAGCUUUCUGCGUGGCUGGUAUUAGUAGUGGAUUUUUCGAGUUGCAGCCUAAGGAAGGACUUGCACUUGUGAAUGGCACAGCAGUUGGUUCUGCUAUGGCAUCAAUAGUCCUGUUUGAGUCCAAUAUCCUUGCUGUUAUGUCUGAAGUUUUAUCAGCGAUUUUUGCUGAAGUGAUGAACGGAAAGCCCGAAUUCACUGACUAUUUGACACACAAGUUGAAGCAUCACCCUGGUCAGAUUGAGGCUGCUGCUAUUAUGGAACACAUUUUGGAUGGAAGCUCUUAUGUGAAGGUAGCUCAGAAGCUCCAUGAAAUGGAUCCUCUUAAAAAACCAAAGAAAGAUCGUUAUGCUCUCCGAACAUCUCCACAAUGGCUUGGACCUCAGAUUGAAGUCAUUCGUGCUGCAACUAAGAUGAUCGAGAGGGAGAUUAACUCAGUGAACGACAAUCCAUUGAUCGGUGUUUCAAGAAACAAGGCCUUACAUGGUGGCAACUUCCAAGGAACCCCUAUUGGUGUCUCCAUGGAUAAUACAAGAUUGGCCCUUGCAUCAAUUGGUAAAUUGAUGUUUGCCCAAUUCUUAGAGCUUGUCAACGACUAUUACAACAACGGGUUGCCAUCUAAUCUGACAGUAGGAAGUAAUCCAAGCUUGGACUAUGGUUUCAAGGGCGCUGAAAUCGCGAUGGCUUCUUACUGCUCGGAACUUCAAUUCUUGGCAAAUCCAGUGACUAACCAUGUCCAAAGUGCUGAGCAACACAACCAAGAUGUGAAUUCCUUGGGCUUAAUUUCAGCCAGGAAAACAGCUGAGGCUGUUGAUAUCUUGAAGAUAAUGUCAUCAACCUAUCUCGUGGCUCUUUGCCAAGCUAUUGACUUACGACAUUUGGAGGAAAACUUGAAGAGUGUUGUCAAGAACACAGUUAGCCAAGUAGCUAAGAGAACUUUGACAAUGGGUGCUAAUGGUGAACUUCAUCCAGCAAGAUUCAGCGAAAAAGAAUUGCUUCGAGUCGUGGAUAGAGAAUACUUGUUUGCCUAUGUUGAUGAUCCUUGCAGCUCCAACUACCCUUUGAUGCAGAAGCUGAGACAAGUCCUUGUUGAUCAAGCAAUGAAGAAUGGUGAAAGUGAGAAGAAUGUCAACAGCUCAAUCUUCCAAAAGAUUGGAGCUUUCGAGGACGAAUUAAUCGCUGUGUUGCCUAAAGAAGUUGAGAGUGUAAGAGCUGUUGUUGAAAGUGGCAACCCUUUAAUUCGUAACAGGAUCACAGAAUGCAGAUCAUAUCCAUUGUACAGGUUGGUGAGAGAAGAACUUGGAACAGAAUUGUUGACGGGUGAAAAAGUUCGAUCACCCGGUGAGGAGAUUGAUAAAGUGUUUACAGCAAUGUGUAAUGGACAGAUUAUUGAUCCAUUGUUGGAGUGUCUCAAGAGAUGGAAUGGUGCUCCUCUUCCAAUCUGCUAAAUAUGUUAUUCUUUCAAGUUCUUUUUUUGUACCUUUUAGUAAAUUACUAGAAUUAUAAUGAUGUUAUGAACUUAUAUUAAAAAAAUUAUUUUUGACUAUAAAAUUUAGUUUUGUUAUUGAAA